AAAGAAAAUGGCUAGCAUUACACUUCGCUGUUUAGAGGAAUAUUUGCAAGAAUUAGAAACAUUUGAGAAGCCAAAAAUAUUGCUUGAACAAUAUUCUACUAGUGCUCAUAUAGCAGCACGCAUGUUGUACUAUGCUCAAGAACAAUUUGAUGAAAUACAAGGACGAGCAGUUGCUGACUUAGGUUGUGGGUGUGGUCACUUAUCAAUUGGAGCAAAAAUGCUUGAAGCAAGUCAUGUGACUGGUUUUGAAAUAGAUUCUGAUGCACUUGACAUUCUCUUUAGAAAUUGCAAUGAUCUAGAAUUAUAUGUGGAAACUGUACAGUGUGAUAUACUACAAUAUCUACCAGGGAGAUUCGAGAAAUUCUUUGAUACAGUUAUUAUGAAUCCACCUUUUGGUACCAAACAUAAUACAGGCAUAGAUAUGAAAUUUUUGGAAAUCGCGACUAAAUUAGCAUCAAAUUCUGUGUAUUCGUUACACAAAACAAGCACACGUAAUUACGUUCUUCGAAAAGCUGCACAGUAUGGAGCUAAAGGCAAAGUUGUUGCAGAAGUGAAAUUUGAUAUACCACGAUCAUAUAAGUUUCAUAAACAAUGCUCUGUAGACAUUGAGACGGAUUUGAUACGAUUUGAAUUAAAUUAAUAAAAUAUUUUCAUGACAC